CCCAGCCGGCGUGGACGCUGCUCGUCCUGCUCGCUGCCCCGGCUCGAGUCUUCGCCGCCGGCGGCAGAUUAAUAAUAAAAACUGGAAGUUUGUGUCUUUUGUUGAAUAUUGGAAAUUGAAUGUAAUGGCAGCAGAAUUUAUAAAGAGUUGCUGUAGAGGAUGUUUCUAUAGUGAAACAGAAACGCACAAGCUAUCUAUGGAAAAAGACCUUAAAGCCGCAAUAUCAAAUACACAAAAUACCACUGUGUUCAUACCUCCAUUGACUUCUGUUUCUGUAAAGUCUCAAGUUGGCUGUAGUGAGGAUUAUUUGCUUUCUAAAUUACCAUCUGAUGGGAAAGAAGUGCCAUUUAUGGUGCCCAAGUUUAGGUUAUCUUAUAUUCAGCCCAGGACACAAGGAACUCCUUCACAUCUGGAAGAACUUGAAGGAUCUGCCCGGGCAUCUUUUGGAGAUAGAAAAACAGAACUUUCCAGUCUAUCCCAGCAUGGACCCAGCUAUGAUGUAUAUAACCCAUUCUACAUGUAUCAGCACUUUUCACCUGAUUUGAGUCGGAAACGUUUUCCUCCUCAUUCAGAAGCAACAAGACUAUAUGGAUCAGUUUGUGAUUUAAGAGCCAGCAAACUACCUGGUUCCCCUGGGCUGAGCAAGUCUAUGUUUGAUCUUACAAGUUCAUCUCAACGAUUCAUCCAGAGACAUGAUUCAUGGUCCAGUGUACCCAGUAGUUCUUCUUCAAGAAAAAAUUCUCAGGGGAGUAACAGAAGCCUAGACACGAUUACUCUAUCAGGAGAUGAAAGAGAUUUUGGGAGAUUGAAUGUGAAAUUGUUUUAUAAUUCUUCAGUAGAGCAGAUCUGGAUCACAGUUUUACAGUGCAGAGAUUUAAAUUGGCCCUCUACUUAUGGAGACACUCCCACUAUUUCCAUAAAAGGAAUACUAACAUUACCCAAACCAGUGCAUUUCAAAUCUUCACCAAAGGAAGGUUCCAAUGCUAUUGAAUUUAUGGAAACUUUUGUAUUUGCUAUUAAACUGCAACAUCUACAAACUGUAAGGCUUGUAUUUAAGAUUCAAACCCAGACUCCCAAGAAGAAAACCAUUGGAGCAUGCUCUCUAUCACUUAGAACUCUUAGCACACAGGAAAUGGAUUACUCUUUGGAUAUAAUACCAUCUUCAAAAAUUUCUGUUUGCCAUGCAGAACUUGAACUGGGGACCUGUUUUCAAGCAGUAAAUAGCAGGAUUCAGCUGCAAAUUCUUGAGGCACAGUAUCUUCCAAGCUCAACACCUCUGACUUUGAGUUUUUUUGUGAAGGUGGGAAUGUUUAGCUCAGGAGAGUUGAUUUAUAAGAAGAAGACACGCUUACUGAAGGCCUCCAAUGGAAGAGUAAAGUGGGGAGAAACUAUGAUUUUUCCACUUAUACAGAAUGAGAAAGAUAUUGUUUUUCUCUUUAAGCUUUAUGGUCGAAGUUCUGUCAGAAGAAAACAAUUUGUGGGCCAGGUUUGGAUAAGCGAAGACAGUAAUAGCAUUGAAGCAGUGAACCAAUGGAAAGAGACAAUUACAAAUCCUGAAAAGGUUGUUACCAAGUGGCACAAAUUAAAUCCAUCUUGACUUUACACAUCAAUUUCAUGAAAAAACAACUUGAUAUUCUAUUAGAAGACAUAUAAUUUCAAUUUGCUAAAAAGUGUAAUGAAUUUUGUCAGAUAUCCAAAGUGAAGGAAUUCUUUAAAACAGUGUCCAAAUAUAAUAAAAUCAUAGUAUUAAAAAGUC